AUGAGCCCUGACAAUACAUACAAAGACAUGGCGGUCGAGAAUGCAGGACGUAUAUCGUUCUGUGCUGUCGACUUUAAGUUUGCCACCGAUGAUGCUGUCAAACAGUGGUUUCAGGAGGGGGGUCUUUCCAAGUGGGUUGUGCCAGAGGCAUUGCCAACAGGCAGGUUCGCUUAUGAGGUCGCUUGGCGAGUGGUCCUUGGAGACCUCCCAGCAAAGCGCGCGCCUGCUGUCCUGCAAGCGGCUGGUGUAACCACAGAUGAUUCACACAAGGACACGGGUUACGUAUUGGGGGACAGCAUAGUGGUGGUAGAUGCUGAGAUCGAUCAGCUUGCGGCCAAGAGUGGGGGCAGUGGUCCUUCUCAUGAUGAAGGGGCUGCAGCCACUGCCAUGGCGCAAGCUGGGAAGCAGAAGCUAAAAGAGAUGGCCAACGAGCUCAUCUUAGCAGGGUUGAUGUCAGUGCAGCAGUUGGCUGAAGUGGCAGAGACCGAGUUCUUACUGGAAGGAGGCUACACCUUCACAAAGCAGCCACAGUUCAAGGGCAAAGUGAUUCGUGUAAACACAAAGCUGAUGUACACACAGACCAAGUUCAAUCUGCUCGCUGAGGAGUCAGAGGGUUAUGCAAAAGUGGCGACGCUUCUCGGCCAGGAAGGCACCAUCACCGAAGGUUCUCUCGAGAGUGCCAAGCGGACCAUCCAGUCGCUGAUUGGUUUCUUUGACCUGGAUCCGAACCGUGUCCUGGACAUCACGAUGGACUCGUUCGAGAUGAACCCCGGGUACUCGAUUCUGCUGAACAUCAUCUCGAUGUUCAAGCGGUCCGGUCGUGCUCAAGUACUCGGCUUCAAGUUCCAGUACUACCAACGGGAGCAAGUCUCCCAAGCGACCCCACAAAGCCUAUACCGACUGGCGGGCCGACUCAUCAAAGAGGACCUGAUCGACAUCGAUGCCUUGUGGCCUCAUUUGACUCCUUCAGACGAGGAGGGCGUGGAGGAAUACCAGACCUGGCUCAAAGAGAGGGUGGCCGAGGCAAACCGUUACGGCGUCGUCAACCUCGCGUCGACCGAGGCUACGGGAGCCGAGUCUGAGCAGGUCACGCCGGCCAAUCAGAACGUGGACGUCUCGCGGCCGGCUGCGUUCGAAGAGGAGGGCGUGAAGCAGCAGCAAGAGAAGCUGGGCAGACAUCAGAAGCUCGGACUGCUGGAAGGUCUCCUGCAUGCUGAUGACUGGACGCGUGCCCAGAUGGUAUUAGAACGGCUCGGCGGACUUGCACCCCUGUCUUGGCCUCCUGUUGCCAAGGCCCUCUGCAGGGCUGUUACUCUCAAUGUCGCCCCCUUUUACUCCGCCACCCAGCUCCCUUACCUCUCCGGCAAGAAGAGCAGCUCUGCCGCAGUGGCGCCGAACGACGAAACGCCCUCCAGUUUCCAUCUUUCCGAGGCCGUUGUCAUCCCAGCCAGAGUCGUCAACAUGCUGUUGACGUUGGGACCCUACCUGUACAGAGACGGUGCGCUUUUCACGAAGGUUUGCCGAUCUCUCCGGGCUCACAUCCUGACGGCGGCCUACGGAUUCCCGCUGCCCAACUUCCACGUCAGCGCAGUCUUUGGAGUGGUCCAAGACGGCGUCAUCGACGCCUGCACUCCCGGGCUCCAGAGCGCAAUCAGAAAUGCUGCGACAGUCCUCGAGAAGGUUCUUUUGCCGGCCCUUAUGGUCACGCCAGCGAACCCGGCGAUGUCGUUUGAGGUCUGGGAGGUCCUGAAGCUGCUGCCGUACGAGCUGCGUUACGAACUCUACGGCACUUGGGACAGUGUUGGGGCCGGCAACAACCAGGAGGAACUCGAAAAGUGGCUUCCCAUGCUGAUUUUCGCGCGGAAGUUUGCAAAUGUCGAGGCACGGAAGAUUCUUCGCCGAGUCGCUGACAUCAAGGACAAGGCUUUCCAGCAGCAUGAGCUGCUCCUCAAUAAGCUGACCCAUGCGAACCCUAUGGUCACUCUGUCAUCCAUUGUAAAGCAGAUGGAAAACUACACGGCCAUGAUUCCAGCCGCAAUUGCUGCUUUCAAGGGACUCAACUAUCUGGAGCAUGAGAUUGUCGAGUACCUGAUUCUUCAGGCCCUCGCCCAGAAACGAGACCGGUUGAAAGACUCGGGCCUCGACACCGCGGACUGGCUGCAGCACCUCGCGGAGUUUGUGGGUUCAUGGGGCAAGAAGCACCACAGCGUCAUCAACCUCCACGGCAUCCUCCAGAUGAUGGUCAAGCAGGCCAUCAACGGGCAGCCCUGGGACCUGGUCAUUCUGCAGGAGAUGCUCGGCCAGAUGGCCAACGUCCGAGUGGUCGAAGACACUCAGGAGGACCUGCAAGAAGCCAUGGCCGGAGGGGAAAAGCUCUACUUCGAGGCGUUCAACAUCGGAAGCAUGAAGCUAACAAAGCAAGAGACCAAGACUGUAAAUAAGGCGCUAGUAAAACUCAAGGAGACGCUGUAUCCCAGCCCCGAGGAUGCACCCCGCCUCGCGAUGCCGCUCCUCAUUGGCAUCGCCCAACUACGGAACAGAAUCCUGUACGAGGCCGACCCCUUCUCCAUGCCCACGCCGAAUGUCAAGGUCACGGGGGGCCAAUACGAUAUGCUGCACAAGAUCUUCAUCCAGCUGUACGAGUACCUAGUGAAAGCGGUCCCCGAGGCCGAAUUCGCGUCGCUGGUACCUCCCCUGAACGAGCUCGUGCACUCGUACCAUCUCGAACCAGAGCUGGCGAUGCUUAUCUAUCGCCCGGUGCUCCAAGACCUGAAGCUCAAGCCGGCCCCGAAGUUGGCGCGCCCUUCGGAGGCCAACGGCGAUGCGUUGGAAGAGGCAGUCACUGACUGGACGACCGAACCCGCUGACGACAACCAGCUAGCAGUAAAGCUGGGCGACGUCACGCUCACGUGGAAGAGCUUGCUGGGGACGGUCCAGUCGUUCCACGCCCCUGCCACGUGGCACAUCAUGAGCCCCCUCCUGUACCUGCGCUUCUGGAGCCUGUCCCUCUCCGACAUCUACGUCCCGAAAGCGCGCUACCUGUCCGAGAUCGAAAAGGUUCAGAAGGCGGCCAAAGACGCGGCCAAGGAGGCGGAGUCGCUGACGGGGUCGGACCAGAAGAAGCGGGACCGCGAGGCCAAGUUUCUGAGGGAUACGGUCACAAACUUGGAGAACGAGCUAGCAGCGCAGGAGAAGACUGUCGAGGCUGUCAAGCAGAUUCUGAUCCGGGAGAAGGACCAGUGGCAGAUUCGCCACAAGAAGGCUGGGGACCGUGCGUCAACCGAGCGCGUACUCAGCGAUCAGGCCUGUGGCGAUCGCGCCGCUGACGGGCGGCCAACCGACGACCCUCCAGAGAAGCGCACCGCAAUCUCUGAUUUUUUCCAGACGUGCAUCUUUCCACGCGUGACGCUCUCCCUGCCAGACGCGCUCUUCUGCUUCCAUUUCCUGAACCUCCUACACGAGAUCAACGCCCCUGGCCUUCCCACUAUGCAAGUCAUCACAUUUGUGCUCGUGAAAACGCUGGAACCAUUGGUCGCCCUCUCCUCGGAGUACGAGGCCCUGCGGUACGGCAAGUUCUUGGGCAAGUUGCUCAAGUUGCUGCAGCACUGGAAGGCUGAUGAGGAGACCUUCCAGCGGGAGUGCGCCCGGGAGCCGCACUCGCGCUUGACGGGAAAGGAGAAGGCGUCAAAGUUCCUCGACUACCAAGAACAAACGUGGAGAUGGCACCAGUGGAUCACACGGAUCAUUGGAAGGCACCUGGACUCGAAGGACCCAAUGCGCAUCAGGAACAGUUUGGUUGUGCUUAAGGAGUUGAAAGACAUCUUCCCGGCCGUCAAGAAGCACGCGAGGAUCUUCGAGCUCAAACUGGAGAAAUUGAUCAAUGGAAAGGAAACGACGGAAGACAUCCUGAUUAUUGCCCGCAGCUACAAGGGCAUAUUGAUUCAAAAACAGAAUACAAUGGUGGCCCCUCACGUCUUCAACCCGAGACUGGACCCGCCGCCCGCACGCGAAUCCACGCCGGCAUCCGGGCGCUCUCAGCAAGCCUCCCUUCCUCCGAAGGCGAGCCCCCUCGGACCGAGCAGACCGCCAAGCGGCAAACCGGCGGCAACGGCAGGUGUUGCGGCAUCGGGUGUGAGCAAACGGGAAAGCGCGAGCGAUCUGACAGCUGUCGACCAAGCGGUCAAAGCGAAACCCGCGGUGAAUGGAGUCGCGAAGGAGGCGAAAGCGGUUGAGGGAAGGGAGCAGAAACUAGAAAGGGGAGAAGGGAGCCCGGCGAGAGUUGUGCCGGGUAGGGAGGAGACGAGCACCCCGGGAUCGAGGCUCAACCCGAACGCCAAGCCGUUUGCGCCGAAGGACGAGCCGAAAACGAAAGCGGAGGAGAAGGUGGAGGACAAGCGGUCUAAGCGGCAGGAAUGGAGGCCCAAAGAGGCGAAAGCGGAGCCGAAAGUCGAGCCGAAGCCGGACGAUACAGAGCAAGAAGAGGGGGAGAUUAGCGCGACGCCGGACCGGAAGCACGAGCCGGACUUUGAGGACGAGCACCGGCCGCGAGUUUCGGACGUCCGAAAAGAGAGCCCCGUCCGUAGAGAGAGCCCCGCCCGGAAAGACCGGGAGAGCGCUCCCUCGGCUGGCGAGAAGGUUCCGCUCGGGAAGCUACUGGCAACGGUCAACCGGAGGGAGAGCGUUCCGGACAGGGGGGCGCCGGAACGGACAAUUCCCAGGGGACCGGCCCCCCUGCCGCCGGUGAAGAAGGACAAGGACGGGGGCCGUGACGUCAGCGCGACCCGGGAGCGAGGGAAAGAGAGCGACGUUGGCAGGGGUCGGGAUGGUGACGUUGGCAGGGGGUCAGACGCGGCGAGAGAAGGACUGAAAUCGGGGAGGGAAAGCGGCGAGUCGAGGGGGAUCCCCAGGAACGAUUCGAAGGACGGGUUAAGGGACGUGGUUAGUGAAAGGGACGGGCUAAAACCGCGGGAGCCGGCCACUGGUACACCCCCAGGGUUUCCCCCGCGUUCAAGACCGAACAGUGGUACUGCGGAGGGGAAGCACGGGGAGAAGCUGACAAGCGGAGUGUCGGAGCGGUUGGGAAGCCUGAAGGAGGGGAAGGCGACGUCGCGAGAUGUAGAAAAGCGUGCCAAAGAAGCGGAGCCUCGGAGAGGCCCUGUGAGAGACGAGGUUGAAGGUCGGGAAAGCAGGAAGGCUCUGCUGCGGGAUGCGCCCACCGCGGAAAUGGGGCCCAAGGUGGCGGAGGGGCGGGUUAGGGUUGAUGAACCAGAGGGAAAGAGGGUUAAAGGCGAGACCCGGGUGUCUGAGAGGAGCAACAACGGUCGGGAUGUGAUUGACGCACGGACGAAACUGCCGUCUGUAGACCGGAAGGCCGGUUUGGAGGAGCGGUUAUUGGGUGCGGACGAACGGAAACUCUCCGGCGGGGCGGAAGAGCGGAGGGGUUCCAAGAUUAUUAGUCUAAGCGGGCGGUCGAAAGCGUCACGGGAGGAAGGCGAGAUUGCGGAGCGGCCGGACGUCCGUAAGCGCCUCUCGGCAUCGCCCGCGGACCGGCGGGCUUCGGAGGAGGGGGGCAGAAAGGACCGGGGCAAGCGCCCCCCGAAAGAGGACCGGGAGGAGCCGGAACGCGAGCGAAAGCGGCACAAGCACGAUUUGGACGCCCAUCCGUCGGACCAGCGGCAGGUCGUCCGAAGCUUAGCGACGGUCGAUCCGCCCCGGCGAGUGGUUCUAGAUGACGACCACCCCCGGAGAGCGUUUCCCGAGGAGCUCCCGCGCCGGGGGGGGUUCGACGACCGGGUCAGGGGCUCGGUUGAUGAGCCCCGCAGGGGGGUGUACGAGGACCGCGGCCGGUUUCUCCCGGACGACGACGGGCGGGGGGGGGCGUGAGAGAAGUCGUGGAAAGCGCGCGCGGGCCGUAUAGGGAUUUCCGGGCGUCAGAGGAGGUGGAGGAGCGGCAUCGGCGGAAGGAGCCGCCGGCAGAACUGAGGAGACGGGGGCCGGACGGCGAGCGGAUGGGGCGGAGUUUCAGCCCGGUGCCGGAACGGGGGGGGAUCACCGGGCGGUUGGAGAGGGUGGAAAAGGACGAGGAGGCGACCAGGCUGCGGGAACAGUUGCUGAAGAAGCAGAUGGAGAGGUCUGGCGCAAAGUCGACUGGACCACCACCGGCGUUCGAGCCUUCCCGGAAGAAGGGAAAGUCGGGCGAGCCACAUGCGGUCAUGUCCGUUGCGGCCAUGGAAUUGAACGAGGACAUUGUUGAGGGGCCAAGCAGGCCCUCGAGAACGGAAAAGCACCAUAAGCACGAGAGGCACGAGGAGAAACGAGGCCGGAGUCGUGAUUACGAUGAUGGCGAGCAUGAGAGAAAGAAGCACGAGAGGAGGAGCCACGGUGGGAAGAAGCGCCGGCAUGAAUGAGGCGGACAUGCGUUGUUAUAUGCAAGUCCUUAAGUGAAAGCUCGAGUGCAUAUUCUAUUUCUGUUAUUGCGAAGCAAAUCUUUGUCGAAGCGAAC